UCUUGCAAGCUGAACUGAUUAAAAUAACAAAAGAAAACAAAUGCAACACAUAUUUAGAAAAAUAGUAACAAGAUCCACAGUGUUGAGAGUUAAGAUUCGGCAAUGCCUUCCGCUUAAAUAUACCAUCUCUUCUGUUUUUGUUCUUUUCCAUCAUCGCUCUCUCUCUCUCUCUCUCUCUCUGAUGGAAGCAACGUCGUCUCUGGCGCAGCCGUGCAGGAGCCUCUUUCCGCCUCCGCGAUUCAACCGGCGGAUCGCCAUGCACAACCCUAGACGGUCCAAUUUCAGUCGAUCAGUAGCCACAGAUCACAAUUUAGACGCAUCAAGCGCUCACGAUUCCGAAACUAAAACCUCCUACGCCGACAACUGGUUCGACCGCCUCGCCAUUAACCACCUCUCUCAAAGCUUACAAUCCUCAGCAGGGAUGAGUAGCAGCAAGGGAGGCUACGAAGGUCUGGUGGAAGCUGCAACAAUGGCGUCGCGUAAAUUCGAUCCAAUCCAACAGAGACGAGUUGUUAUCCAAACGCUUCAAACGGCCUUCCCCGCCCCGAUUCUUUUUUUGAUAAAGAAAAUGCUGCCACCAUCCAAAUUUGCAAGAGAAUACUUUGCCAUCUUCACAACUAUCUUCUUCGCAUGGCUAGUCGGUCCUUGCCAGGUGAAAGAGUCAGAGUUUCAAGGGAGAAGAGAGAAAAAUGUUGUGUACGUACCAAAAUGCAGGUUUCUGGAGGAGACAAAUUGUGUAGGAAUGUGCACUAAUCUUUGCAAGAUGCCUUCUCAAUCGUUCAUUAAGGACUCCCUUGGAAUAUCCAUCAAUAUGGUCCCCAAUUUUGAAGAUAUGAGCUGCGAAAUGAUAUUUGGUGUGGAGCCUCCCCCACAAUCCUUGGAUCCAGCAUUCACUCAGCCAUGCUACAAGCAAUGCAAGGCUAUCAAAAGACACCACAAUUGUGCAAGCUAAUGGAGAAUAUGGCUGUUUCUAACAAACUCCAAAAAAGCAAAAUUUUGCUUACCACACCUUUUCAUUCAUUGUAAAGCUUUCUCUUUUUCAAUAGUUGUUGUUACAAAAUUCAGCACUUGGAAACUGACAUACCGAAAAGUGAAAUUAAUCUUCUACCCUUGUCACA